AUGGAAUGGGCAUGAACAAUGGUAUGGGUAUGAACAAUGGAAUGGGUAUGAGUAAUGGAAUGGGAAUAAAUAUGAAUAUGGGAGUUUCACCAAUGAACAAUGGAAUGCAAAUGAACAACGGUAUGGGUAUGAACAAUGGUAUGGGUAUGAACAACGGUAUGAGCAUGAACAAUGGUAUGGGCAUGAACAACGGUAUGGGCAUGAACAAUGGAAUGGGCAUGAACAAUGGCAUGGGAAUGAACAAUGGUAUGGGAAUGGGAAUGGGAAUGAAUAUGAACAACAAUAUGAACAAACCAAUGGGUGGAAUGAAUAUGGGUAUGAACGGUAUGUCCCCAAUGGGCGGAAUGAAUAUGGGUAUGAAUGCUAUGUCUCCAAUGGGCGGAAUGGGCUUUGGAAUGAACGCCAUGGCACCAACCUCAUUUGGUAGCUCUACUCCAACCUCAGCCACUCCAACUCCACCACAACCAUCUCAAUUUUCUUCAUUAGAUUCAUUAAUGUUUACUUCACCAUCAAAACAAUCAUCACCAAUGCCAUCAAACAACAUUCAACCAAUUGCAGCAAAUAAUCCAAACAACUCUUCAAAUGUUAACAACCUUUUCUUUUAAAUAAUUAUACGCAUUUAUAAUUAUUUUUUAUUUAAAUAAUAAUAUUAAUAAAAAAAAAUAAAAAAAUAAAAAAAAGAUAAUUAGAUUUUUUUUAAUCCC